UCACCUCAUGGCACUGAAUGGCUCCAGACUGGGACACCACCUGCUUCCUGCUGCAUGCAGGCAAAGUCCCAGGCAGGCUCCUGCUUCAAGUUUUACAUCUCCAAUGUGCAAUGUGGGCGUUCAGUCCUAUCAGGAGCUUCCAUGAGCAAACACAAGUGUCCUGGGAGGUUGUGUGAUGGGAUUCUUGGAGGAAAUAGUUUUCCAUCCUUUGGCAGUGUUACCUGUGGUGCCCACUUCUGCAUGAGGGCUGGGGCUCACCAUCCCCCUGCAGUCACCAGGAAGGUCCCUUUCACCAUACUGUGAUGCAGGCAGCCUCGCAGAGUUCACACCUCCCUUCCUGCUCCUGCAGUGAUGGCUGGUGCAGAGCAGGUGCCAGGAUGAGUGCAGUGUUAUCAGCUACAUCCCCAGGUGGCAUUUGUGGUGUGGUGUUCUCGGCGGAUGCCUUGUCACUUCUGUCUGUUUUUAAAGCAAACCUUUUUAGCUCAUUUCUGUGUGAGUUUCCUGCCUGCCCUUGGCUCUGCCUAUGCUGGUGGGUGGGAAGUGCCUUUCCCAGCGUGUUCAUUUGCCUGGCUCAGCCAAGUGGGGACAAAAGUGUUGGUGGAGGUUUUGAGACCCAUGUGCACCUUUCCUGAUGCUGUUGAGAGACCCCAGCAAGGUCAUGCUCAGAAUAGGUCUGAGCUCAUGUUCUGUCCCUGCAGUGGUGACAGGACAGGGGUCCUCUCUAGGUUAGGACGGUGGGUUCCCGACUCCUUCAGCCCGGCACUGUGUGCCUCUGGCACCGGCAGCGUGCAGCAAGGGAGGGCAGAGCCAGGGUCUCUCCAGCCACUCUCCCUGCGAUGGUUCCUUCCCAGCAAGGAGGCCGUGGGCCGGACCAGUGCCGAGCCGGGCCGGAUGGGCGGCACGGCAGGGCCAAAGCCCGGGGACCCCCGGGGCGGCUGAGCUGGCCCAUGGCGGCGGGCGCGGGCGCCUUCGCGUGGGCCACCUUCCCCGUCAUGCCCACGCGGCGCGUGUACUGCAGCGCCGCGCACCGCGACGGGCAGCUCUUCGUGCUGGGCGGCUGCGGGAGCGGCGGGCGAGCCCUGGGAACUGCUGAGGUACUCGACCUCCCAGCCCAGCGCUGGACCACGCUCCCACCGCUGCCCACGCCACGGGCCGGCGCUGCCGCUCUCGCCCUGGGCAAGCAGAUCUUGGUGGUGGGCGGUGUGGAUGCGGCACAGAGCCCCCUCGCCUCCGUUGAGGUCUACCACGUGGAUGAGGGCAAGUGGGAGAAGAAGGCGGCAUUGGCUCAGCCCUCCAUGGGCAUCUCAGCUGUGCAGAGAGAUGGGGCUGUCUAUGCACUGGGGGGAAUGGGUGCAGACACCUCUCCCCAGGCACUGGUCCGUGUCUAUGAGCCGGCAAAGGAUCACUGGCAGCCCCUACCCUCCAUGCCCACCCCGUGCUAUGGAGCCUCUGCCUUCCUGCAGGGAAACAAGAUCUUCGUCCUGGGAGGCCGGCAAGGCAAGCUACCUGUCACCGCCUUCGAGGCCUUUGACCUGGAGACAAGGAGCUGGACACGCUACCCCAGCGUGCCCAGCCGCCGCGCCUUCGCCGCCUGCGCCAUGGUUGAUGGGGUUGUCUUCAGCCUGGGAGGGCUGCAGCAGCCAGGACCCCACAACUUCUAUUCCCGUCCGCAUUUUGUCAACACCGUGGAGAUGUUUGAUCCUGCGCAGGGUGUGUGGAGAAAGCCAAGCCGCACCAUCCGUAUGAAAGAGAAGAGAGCUGACUUUGUGGCUGGAUGCCUGGGAGGAAGAGUGGUGGCCGUGGGUGGCCUUGGGAACCAGUCCUGCCCAUUGGACUCAGUGGAAGGGUUCAGCCUCUCGCAGAAAAAGUGGGAGCCACUGCCCUCCAUGCCCACUGGCCGCUGCUCCUGCUCCAGCUGUCCGGCACCCAACCUGCUCUUCGUCAUCGGUGGUGUGGCCCAGGGUCCCAGUGGUGCUGUCGAGGCUCUGUGCCUGCGUGAUGUGCCCUGAGUAGGACCCCGGGGACCAGCCCUGGCCAAGCACCAAGUGCCUGAAGACGGGGACAGAGUGUGUGAGCACCCAUGUGUUCACCCAAGGUGACCUGGCACCAGGAAACCUCUGUCCCAGAAUGCCAGGCACCAAAGCAGCUGCGGUUUUGGGAACUUCCAGCUCCUGCAGCGCUGUGGCAAUGAAGCCCAGGGCAAACUCCUGCCUGGUGGGAUGGCCAUCGUCAGCAGUGUGGAGGGAGCAGCGGUGGCAGGAUUAGCGCUGGCCUCACUGCCCUGUCCGGCCCCAUCUGUGCCACGGCGUAUCCGUGCCGUGUGUGUAGCAGUGAGUGCUGUGUCGUCGUAGACCCAGUCGAUGUCUCAUGUAGCACAGAGGUGCCCUGUAGCUCAGUGCCUGGGAGGUGACAUAGCACCUCAAAUAAAUGAAACGUGGAAUUUUA